CCCGCCCGCCCCCCGCCCCGCCCCUCCGCCGGCUUCGCCUCGGCAGCCACGCGCCGCUGGCCGCGAGCUGCCGGGGCAGCGUUGGCGCGGCCGCUAACCGCUCGCUGAGGGAUCGCUGAGGAGACCCAACGGGCGGCUGAGCGGGGCUCAUGGCCGCGUCGGACCGGAUGGUGCUGGGGCCACUGGUGGGCUCCAUCGAUCAGGGCACCAGCUCCACUCGCUUCCUGGUUUUUAAUGCAAAAACAGCAGAGCUCUUGAGUCACCAUCAAGUUGAGAUAGAGCAGAAAUUCCCCAAAGAAGGAUGGGUAGAACAAGAUCCAAAGGAAAUAUUAAAGUCUGUCCAUGAAUGUGUUGAAAGGACCUGUGAGAAACUGCAACAACUGAACAUAGACAUCACUAACAUAAAAGCCAUUGGAGUCAGCAAUCAGAGAGAAACAACAGUGGUUUGGGACAAGACAACUGGAGAACCUCUUUCAAAUGCUAUUGUAUGGCUUGACCUGAGAACCCAGUCAACAGUUGAACGGCUUCUUAAAAGAAUUCCAGGAAAAAACAAAGCAUAUUUUAAGUCUAGAACUGGUCUUCCACUUAGCACUUAUUUUAGUGCAGUGAAACUUCGGUGGCUUUUGGAUAAUGUGAAAGAGAUUCAGCAAGCAGUUGAUGAUGGAAGAGCUCUAUUUGGGACUAUUGAUUCAUGGCUUAUAUGGUGUUUGACAGGUGGAAAGAAUGGAGGCGUUCACUGUACAGAUGUAACCAAUGCCAGUAGGACAAUGUUGUUCAACAUUCAUUCCUUGGACUGGGAUCCUGAGCUCUGCCAGUUCUUUGAUAUUCCUAUGGAAAUACUUCCUAAAGUCCGAAGCUCCUCUGAGAUUUAUGGCCUGAUGAAAAUCUGUUCUAGCCUGAAAUCUGGAGCUUUGACAGGUGUACCAAUUUCUGGGUGCCUGGGUGACCAGUCUGCUGCUCUUGUUGGGCAAAUGUGUUUUCAAGAUGGGCAGGCAAAAAAUACGUAUGGAACAGGAUGUUUCUUGCUGUGCAAUACAGGUCAGAAGUCUGUGCUUUCUGAGCAUGGUCUUCUAACCACAAUAGCUUACAAACUGGGCAGAGACAAACCUGUUUGUUAUGCACUAGAGGGAUCUGUUGCUAUAGCUGGUGCUGUUGUUCGUUGGCUGAGGGACAAUCUAGGUAUCGUUCAGACUUCACAGGAAGUUGAAAAACUGGCUGCAGAAGCAGGGACUUCUUACGGCUGCUACUUUGUGCCAGCAUUUUCAGGACUAUAUGCACCAUACUGGGAACCCAGUGCAAGGGGUAUUAUCUGUGGCCUUACUCAGUUUACAAAUAAAAACCACAUUGCCUUUGCUGCACUGGAAGCAGUCUGCUUUCAAACACGAGAGAUUUUAGAUGCCAUGAACAAGGACUGUGGGAUACCACUACAUCAGUUACAAGUAGACGGAGGAAUGACUAAUAACAAGCUCCUCAUGCAACUCCAAUCAGACAUUCUCUGUAUUCCAGUAGUAAAGCCAUCAAUGCCUGAAACAACAGCUCUAGGAGCUGCUAUGGCAGCAGGAGCUGCAGAAGGAGUUGGAGUUUGGAGUCUGAAUCCUGGAGAUUUGACAGCAGUGACAUGUGAACGAUUUGAACCACAGAUCAACCCAGAGGAAAGUGAAUCUCGCUACGCCAGAUGGAAGAAAGCUGUGAUGAGAUCUAUGGACUGGGAGACAUCUGAAGCUCCGUCAAAUGGUGAACUGAUUACUGAAAACCUGAGCUUACUCUUUGAUACAGAGGAAUUCAAGACUGAUGAGUGUUUCUCGACAGCUUUUAUGAGCACAGAAAUGCCUACUGUAUUACUACUCCAUAUUAAAAAACUGAAGUCAGCUUACAGUUGAGAGGACGCAUUACACAAAUAGUAAUGCACUCCCGCACUCCCCUGCAUUGUGUUUCAAUAUUAACAUCACUUUCAUCCACAAACUUUAAAGAAUUCUUCAGCUGAAGAAAAUGCUGACAAGAAGAAAAGCUUCUAGAGCUCUCAUGCUACAAAUAUUGGAGGCAUCUGAUACUGUCCAAACUUUUUGCGUUAAGGAAGAAGGGGAAAAGGGGGGAGAGUGACCUAUAUGGAACAUGCAAGAACCCUGUCUUCAAAAUAUGAGAUGAUAACUUUAACAUUGUUCUCUAAGUAGUGGUGGUUGUAUCUCAGUUAAACCUCAAGACAAGUAUUAUUAAGUCUCUUUAAGACAUGCCCCCUCAGGAAACAGGUUUGUAUUACCAACACAACCUGUUCUAUUUGGACUCUAGUUAGUCUUCAACGAGGUGCAAACCACUUCAUAUGCAGCAUGAUGCAUCUAUUCUGUGAUUUUCUGAUACAUAAGCCUUAAAGUAAAUGAAUUGUACCUGACCUUGGCUUGCAUUUCGGCUCAUUGAUGAGCUUCAGACUCAAGCAUGACCAAGGGCUGUCAUAGCCAGCAAUAGAUCUCAGAUCACGCGAUCAUUUCUUUGAUACCAGUCUUUCUGUUUCCCCACUGAUACUACAACAAACAAGCAUAUACAGUGCAGGGUUUGUCAAACUACUAAAUGUUAAGUAAUGUUAAGUAAAAUUCAUAUUAAUUAAUUAAUUAAGUUAAACAUAUUACAGUAGUGAUGAAAGAUUUUAUUUGCUAAUCUUGAAAUAGGCUAUUUGUUUAUUCAUGAGUAUGUGAAACACCAAGUCCCAACUGAUACGUAAAUGAGGCUUGUUGUAUGUUGGAUUAUGCAGGCAUGGUUUUAAUAUUUAGUGUGUGAGAUAAGCACUUAGGAAACAUAGGAAAAAACAUACCAGAAUUUUAGCAGUGCAGAAUCAAGUGUAACACAACAGUAGGUCAAUAUCACAAGCAACAGGAUGGUUGCGGGUCAUAGUAGUAGGAUUAUAGUGGUUUACAUAAUAUCCUUGAAUUUCUGAAAUUGUUGGAAGAUUUUGUUAUAGUUUCACUAAAAAAAAAAUAAAUUCCUACUUGCUUUCAAAAUAGCAUCUGUUGAAGCUAUCACAGCAGCAUUUGGCACAGUAUUCUCUAAAUGAAAAUGUUGAAAUAAUAAUUUAAAUAUUUGUACAAAAACAUGAGUCACAGCUGUACUACCUUACAGUAGAAACAAAGAUAGCAUCAGUAUAUGAGCAAUUCAUUUACACACUGUAGAUCAGUGCUACCAAACUAGUUUGCAGUAAAUGCAUAGUAAUAACUGCGUAUGAGGACAGACAGUGAGUUCUUUCAUAAUAAAAUAAAAAACAAGAGAUGUAGCAAUUCUUGUUUACAGAAAUCCCCCUAAGACUUGUAAUGUUACAAAUUUUCACCGAAAAUUCACACUGUUCCAGUGCCAAGGUUACACACAGACCUAAGAGUCCAUAUGCACAAAGUAGCCAUUAAAGUAUAAUUAGGUAGAACCAUAGAAUGUCCAGAGUUGCAAGGGACCCACAAGGAUCAUCGAGUCCAAAACCUGUCCCUGCACAGGACAACCCCACAGUUCACACCAUGUGUCUGAGGGUGUUGUCCAGUCUCUUCUUGAACACUGUCAGGCUUGGGGCCGUGACACCUCCCUGGGGAGCCUGUUCCAGUGCUCCACCACCCUCUGGGUAAAGAACCUUUUCCUCAUGUCCAACCUAAACCUCCCCUGGCACAUUUUCCUGCCAUUCCUUCAGAUUCUGUGGUUGGCCACUAAAGAAAAGAGCUCAGCAUCUGCCCCUCCUCCUCCCCUUGUGAGGAAGCUGUAGCUGCCAUGAGGUCUCCUCUCAGCCUCCUCCAGGCUGAACAAACCCAGUGACUUUAGCUGCUCCUCAUACAGCUCCCCUUCAAACCCUUCACUGACUUCGUAUCUCUCUUCUGGACACUCUCCAGUAGCUUUAUGUCCUUUUUAUCCUGUGUUGCCCAGAACUGCACACAGUGCUCCAGGUGAGGCCGCACCAGUGCAGAGCAGAGCGGGACAAUCACCUCCCUCGCCCGGCUGGCAACGCUGUGCUUGGUGCACCCAGGACAUGGGUGACCCUCUUGGCUGCCAGGGCACACUGAUGGAUCACGUUCAACUUGCUGUCCACUAAAACUCCCAAAUCCUUCUCCGCAGAACUGUUUUCCAGCAUCUUGUCUCCCAGUCUGUAUGUAAUUUCUUUCUCCCUAUGGCUAUUUAAUAUUGGACACUGCCUAGGUUUUGAAAUGAACUGAUGUUCCAUAGUGAAGAAAACAGAUGUAACUGGGAUCCAUGUCUCUUUAUUUUAUUUUAUUUUGAAGUUAGAGGUUUUGCAGUGCAUAAGGCAUGGGUUCUCAUUCUUGUGGUGCCUGAAGCUAAUACCUUUUCACAGGCAUCUCCAAGGUACCUCUUUCUCUCUACCUCUUUUCUCUGGCCCUGAAAAAACUCAAACAUUUUAUCCACUCAGAAGGCUUCUGAUAGCUGUUUGUUUGUUAUUUGGGGUUUGCUUAUCUACUUCAUCACUUUGAGUCAGGACCUCAUGUCAGUAAAAGUGUUGCCAUUCCAGAACAGGAACAAGAAGCUGGGGUUUCUCCAUCUGUCCCCUCACCCUGCUACUGUAGUGAGAUACUGUCUGACAAUCUUAGAGAAAAUGUAGCCAUGCCAGACAUUUUCAUACUUUAAAGAUACAUUUUUCAGAGUGUGUGUACUCCUUAUCCACCUUUACAGAGCUAAUCCUUCCUCUUGACAGAUGGCCUUGUAGCUACAGUAUGAAAGAAACACUAUACAGAGGGAUGAACUGAAGAAGAGUGAUGCUGAAGUUCACACAUUGGGUGUUUGUUGGGAUUCAGGAUAGUACCUUAUAGGGAUUUUUGUGGAUCUGGUUUCCAUCAUGACAAAACUGCUUCUGGAAAAGAACAUUCAGAAGAAAAAAGUACAUUAGCGUUUGUAUAAAUUCAAAUAAUCCUUCUCCAUCCCCACCUCAAUGCUGAAGUGCAGCCCACACUGUAACCCUUUGCCAGCACAGCUGUGAUUCCCCUGGGGACACGGGCACUUUGCUUGGUUGAUACCUUAGCACCCAUGUACGUUAGACAUAGUGGCAAUGCUGUGCUUUCACUGGCUUCGCUGGCCUUUUAGAUUGGAACUGAUCUAAAAUCUCUGUCUUACCACAGCAAAAUAGCCUUAUUUCUGUGCUUUAAGAAACUGUUUUGCAGACCUAGCCUUGGCCUCUUGGGCUUGAACUAAACCAGACUGUUAUCACAGCAAUUUAAAUAGCUUGUUUUUCAGGCCAAGUUGCAUGACACCUCUAAUUUAAACAAUGUAGAAUAAAGCUAAUCUAUUCAAAAGUAAUCUUUCUUCAAUGAAGAAAACUUCUAAAGCAUUUGAGAUAGGAAUUAUGGGUAAGAGUUUUAAAAAAAGCCCCCAGGGAUGGUAUCCCUUUAUUUGGGUAUGUGCACAGUUCAGACUGAUUGAUUCCUCCAGUCUCCUUUUUUCUUUAGGUUGAUCUUUGCUACCAACCCAUAUGGUGCAAACUUUCCAAAAAACAGGUUUGUCACCACUGUCAUUUUCCUGCCACAGCAGAUAUUAAGGAAAUGUAGCCUUAACUGUAAAAAUGAAACUCCUGUUUGAUCAGCCAAGUAACCAGACAUUGCUGGCCCAAGGCAUGGGACUUCUAUUGUUUAAUCAAGGCAUAUUUGUACUCAAAAGCCAGUUGCACGGAUAUUUAUUAUGUUAUUUGUUAUGUUCAUUUUCAACAAAUAUACAUUUGUUUUCAUUCUUUGAUGUUGUCAUCAUUUAUUAGUGCCACCUAGGUUAGCAUUAAGUUAAUGCCACAGGUGACUUGAGAGAAAAUUCUAAAUGAUUGUGUAGUUUAUAAACAACUGCAACGUAAAAAACUUCUAUAUGGUUAUGGUAAGUUCUGCUUUAAAUCUGAAGCCUUUGAUUGAUUAAAAAUUUAAAGCACAAAUUGAUUUUCUUAAUAGAGGACCAGAAAAUUGUGUUAGCUUUCUUAACCACAUUCUGUCUUUGCUGAAAAGUACUGGCUGUUUAUAACUAAAAAAGAAGAGAAGCUCUUUGUUUAUUCAGAAAACAAGCCAAGCACAGGCAGCAGACUAAGUCUUACUCUCUUACCCUUGUGCACCCCAUACACAAGUGGAUACUUGUUGCCACUUAAACCUGGACUAUGUCUUUGGGCAUUAGGAUGUCUGUUGAGAUUACAGUUUGUCCCUGUGUAGCUACAUGUCUGAUAGAUACCAAAGGAGUUUCUAACGCCAUUGUCGGUGGGUGGGCAAACAACGACGAAGGACACUGAUCUCCUGUCACUAACCUGUGGCUGAAUCAGCCAGGUAACAACAUGGCAUUCUGGAUCCCAUUCAGUCAUCUUCUUUCCUUUAUUUUUCUUCAUUCACUGACUGUUUUGUUGUGUUUAAAUUACUCAAAAUAAGACUAACCAUUUCUUAAUAGUUGUGCUAGACCAGUGCAGUGUGAGAAAUGUCACUCAGUUAUUCAUUGUUCUGCUGUAUUUCCUUUUUUAUAAAAAUACUGUGUUGGGUAUCCUAGUAGAGAUGACAAAGCACAGGGUCUCUUAACCCUGGUUAGCUAUGAGCGGAAUAAUCCUGCCUAUGAUAGCUACAGUUGUAUGUAAAUUUAAGCCUAACCCCUAAGCUGUCAGGGACCAGUAAGUCUCUUGGGCUUCAUCCCAUCAACCCCGUGUGACUGGAAGUCCCUUGGGAGCACAGAGCUGGCCCUGGGAGGCAAAAUUGUGCUUUCCCCCCAUGCAGUAGCACAGCAAGUCACGCACACCAGCUCCACAAAUGCCCUCCAUCCAUGAGGCAGCAAAAAGAUUCUCACCUGAAGGUGUUCUCCUUGCUUCCCCUAAAAACCAAGCACACAAGCUGAAGCCAUGCAGUUUCAGUGCCCCGGCAGAGGUGACAACUAGGCUAUGAGGGGCUGCGUUCUCCAUCCCUUUGCAUUUGGGGACCACGGCGUUGAGACCAGCAGCUUGCCAGAACGGUGCCCUAACCUCAUGCCCAACAUGCAGCGCAAAGUGGUACUUUUGAGGGGACUUCACGGACUUUGAGGCUUAGUUUUGGACCUCCAAAGACACACUGUCCAGACUGGAGGUCCAAAACAUGGUACUUGCAAUAGGACUAAGUCAUUCACCCUGAGUCACACCAGGAGUCUGGGAUGCUUUCACUCAGGGCCAUCACUCUCAAGUGACAGGACCUAGACAGACAGGCAUAAUUUGAUCAAAGACUGAGCCCUUAACUAGGAUGGUGGCCAAGGGCAGCUCCCACCCAGCCAUUCAUAUCACAUCAUCUUUGCCCAGGUGACAUUUAGAAGCCUGCUAGAAUUCCUGACAAAAAUAAAACCAAUUUAAAAAUCCAGAGCACUGUAAUUGCACGUGUUUAUCAAAUUCAUCAAGUAAAUUGUGUAAAGGAAGUUGACUGAAAGCCCUGCAAAAGUUUUAAUUAAAAUUACUUUCACUGUGUAAAAGGAGUCCACCAAGUUUUAUAAUUAAAUUCUAGCAAAAGGAUUUCACUGGAAAAUGUCAGUGCAUCAGUUGCGUUAAUUGCCUAAUGCUGUUCAACACGGCUUCCUUUGCUGCUUUACUGAUGGAGUAGGAAGGAGAAGAAUAAAAAUACCAUGCUGACACCUCUCCACAGAACAGUGGAUAUUAGUCAGUUUGAACACUUUCCUGCUUAAUAGAAUGCAUUACCUUAACUUUUCACAGGGAGGAAAGCAAUAUUCUCAGUAGUGAAAACCAGCUGGAUAUCAUUAACAGCUUGAAAGUGGAGGUGGUGCUUUCAUUGCUUCCACUUUCCCUUCCCCCCCUCCUCCUUACGGUGUCCUUUACAGAACCAUAGCUUUAUUUUCCCCUGUUCUGACUUAACUGACCCCAAAUUACAGCUUUCUGGCAAAAUGAAGCUGGACUUUCUGAGUUUUCCCUCUACAUUUUGUCAAGCACAUGGUUCCUCACUGUUUUUCUGUGUUUGGUUUUGCACACAAAGAAAGUCUGAUGUUUUCUGAAAAAUAAGGGGCAAAAAGGGCUCUGCCUUUUGCAGUAGCUGCAGUUUGUUGCUCUCCCCAGGAAAGGGACAUUGUCAGGCAAAGAGAGAUUUCUUUGGGCAGUCCAAUGUACAAAUUUUGCAGGAUUAGCUCCAGUAGGAGCCAAAGUGCCAUUAGCGAGGAUAUGUCUGGAAAAGGUCACAAAACUCAAACAGGAUUGUCAGCCUGUUUCUUUGUGUUCCCUCUUACAGUGAGGAUCCACUGUUAUCUGCAGGUUUCAUCCAGUGUUACACCGGACAGGAACUUUGCUGUUCUGCCGUACUCUUUCACCCAACACACGUGCUUUUCUCCUGAUUACUGCUCAUCUAUUUGGGACCCCGCUGCUCUUUAUCCAUGAGUUAGGAAGAGCCCUUGUCUCACUCCUAGAUGGUCAAUAAAUGAGUUACAUCCAGCAGCAUUUAAUUAUUUACAGCUAUAUCCAAAACAGUUUUCAAUGAUACAUCCGUGAUGCUGGAGUGGAAAGUAAAGCUCUUCAUUAGGAAAUUACUCAUCCCAGCAGGGUGGGGGUGGAUGUUUCUCAUCACCACCAGCCUCUCUGUUGCUGUGAAUCUUUAGCUGGUAAGGAAAGUCAUGAUAUCACUGCCCCGGGCAUGGUGUAUUUAACAAAUGGAGGUAGAUGUAAACCCUAAGGGGCACGGGCAAUAUACAAGAUUUAUUCCCUUCCUCUAGGGCAUGGGUGUUAAAUUCAUUUUCACCAGGGGCCACAUCAGCCUUACAGUUUCCUUCAAAGGGCUGAAUGUAAUUUUAGGACUGUUUAAAUGCAACUACUCUUACUACAACUUGUUUUCUGGCCAUUGGUUCUUUGCUUUUCCGCUUUCUCUCUCCCUAGGGAUCACUUUUGCACCUAAUGGGAUUGCCACUGUUAGCUUUAAUUAUUUUAAUACAAAUUUCACUGUACUGGGUUAAAAUUAUCACUUGCAGGUAUAGCUCUAUAUAUAUAUAUAUAUAUAUGUAUUUUAAAGCCUCUAGCUUUCACCUUUUUAAUCUUUUUUCUCUCUCUCAAGCUCAAGAAGAUAGAAAUAGUUCUAUUUUUCAAUUUAUGUAGUGUUUGAGUUGUUGGGCAUGGCAGCAUAUUUCCAUCCUCUAACUAGACUUUGGAAGACCUCUUAGAAGGUCUGUUGAGUCUACCAUAGCUUAUCUUCUCUUUAUUUCUGUGUAGCUUUUAUUUCCCUAUAUGUAGAGUAGGAGAAGUACAUCUGGAACAUUGUGCUUGAAGUUUAUUAUUUUUUCAUUACCUCUCUUUCUGAGAAGAGAAACUUAAACUAUAGUGUUCCAUAUAGUUUUAGUAUGUCAAAUAGCUGAUUUUUGUUUUCCUGUGUCCUUAUUUUUAAUUAAACUAUAUUUUCUGCUUUUUAUUAUUUAAUCUGUAACAUAUGACUAAUUGUCUUAAUUGUAGUCUGACUUUUUUUCUGAUGAGAGGAAAGUGAAUAAAAGGGUUUAUUAUUAGAAAGCAAAAAGGUCACAGACCACUCUAAAAUCAAAAUGUGAGUAGGUGGAUGAAUAUGUAAAGUCUUGGUAAUUAUUGUGUUUUCCAGACUGCAUGGUAGGACUUGUAUUAUUUAUAUUGUAUCACAGAUCUAUUACAUAUAAACUGUGAUGACCCAUCAGCUCCAGGUUGAGUUUUCAGCCAGAGUGUUUGUUUCCUUGCAUGAUCAUUUUAGCUUCAAAAUAAACUUCAUUCUGUUUCUGCCGUUCCUGAGCAAAGUUUAUGCAAAAUAUCCCAAAGGCAGUAAACCACCCAAAACUUAAUUGCUGGUAAGAAACAAUUUUUGAUGAGAAAAGUGUUAUUGCAAGGCAUGAUUAGUCAUUUAAAAUCAGCCAAGUGAUGUUUGUGUAGCUCCUCCAGGAUAAAUAUUAUGUAUUGGGCUGUUGAUUUGAUCUCUAAAUGACUAUGGGGUCUGAUCAGGUCUUGUUUGCACAUUAAUAACAUUUCCAAACACUUACACUUCAUCACAGCGAGCAGGAGUUAGUGAAGAAGGUUUAGGGAUGUGGGCACAUGCCUACAUGUGAAUGGACUGUGAUUAUGUCUAAAGAGAUGGUUUACUCCAGUGGUCAUCAAGACUAUGAAUUGGGAUCAAGAGAAGACAGGUUGCUUUCUCUUUAUUUUCUAUUGCAGAAGUAGUUAGCCAGUACCCAAGGACAUAUUUUUAAUCCUUCCUGUGAUGAAAUAACAGACAAUUAGUGCAAAUAGUAGGAACAGAGGUGAGUUGACUGUCCACUGUGUUUUUCAGUAGGUCAAGGGAAGCUGUUGCUGGAAAAUCCCAUGCAGUGGCUGCUGGCACAAGGUGCGCUCUGUGCUUGCCCAGCGCAGGGGUCAUACCUGGGCUACUGGAGACCUGGGGAACUGCUGAACAUGGCUGAGUCUGGUGGCAUUUCCCACUGCCCAGCAACAUUUUCCCAGUCAUCCUAGAGCCUUCAUCAGGAUGAGGAGAGCAAGUUGUGCGGGUGUCACUGGUGUGUGUGUGCCCUGUUUCACCUCCUGAGAGGAGGUUUUAGCAUAGAGGGUGUUGGUCUGUUCUCUCAAGUAGCAAGCGAUAGGAUGAGAGGAAAUGGCCUCAAGUUGUGCCAGGGGAGGUUUAGAUUGGAUAUUACAAACAUUUUUUUUUUUUAAUGGAAAGGGUUGUCAGGCAUUGGAACAGGCUGCCCAGGGAAGUGGUGGCGUCACCAUCCCUGGAGGUGUUUAAAAGAUGCAUAGACGAGGUUCCUAGGGACUUGGUUAGGUGUGAACUUGGCAGUGUGACAUUAAUAGUUGGACUUGAGGAUCUCAAAGGUCUUUUCCAAUCAAAAUGAUUCUUUGAUUUGCUUUACAAGCAUGGGUGGAGUAGUACUCAGGGUUGCUGGUAAGAAGAUAAUGACCAUGAAAUGAAGAAGAAGCAGAAAUCGCUUGGCCCAGCCACCCUUUCUACCUGACAUCAACCUCCCACAGCAGCAGUGCAUGAUUUACCCUGUUUGUCCCUAAGCACAAGCCUCAAAUGGUUGCUACAAAUUCUUCUCAGAUCAGGCAAUACCUUUGCUCUCACAUUAACUCACACGGGAAAUUUUCAACCUGGCAUUUAUUUCAGUGCUUGCUGAUGUACUUAGUAAAUGCGAUGAGGAAAGAUUUGAAUGCACAGAUAAUGUGCAGUGCCUGACUGUACUCUGAUUUUUAAAAAAGGAAGGCUAUGUCCUUUUAAUUGUGUAAGAUACAUCAAUGCUUUCCAAACAAUUUGUAAGCUGCUUUCACCCAGCACUGAAACAUGGUUGUGUCUUUUCUGUGGAAUGAAGAUAGAGCUAAAAGCAAAUGCAACAAUUUGCUGGUUUCUGCUACUGCAUUUCAAGUGGAAAUUGUGCAGAGCACAUAACUCGGUGUUCUGGGAUAUCAAUAAUUGCUGUACCUCUUGUUUGAAAUUGGUACAGAUCUUUGAUACAGUUUCAUAUAAACCCAGAAAUGAUGCCCAGAACAUAGCCUGUGCUCUGAGUAUUUCCUUGCCUUCCUGAACUGAAUUUUGUGUAUAUAUUUCAAAGGUGAAGCACAAAAAUUAGAGCACGUAUCUUAACAGGUCUUUAUGAGUUGUGAAUACAUGGCACUUCAACUUUGCAACUAAACAAAACUAUUGAUGCAUGUUGCCAUCUGAUAGCCUAAGAGCCCUAUGAAAAAACAAUGAUGGAUAGUUUAUCACUUUUAUUUAUAACUGAAACUUGAUUUAAGCUGAAUAAAUAACCUUAAAUUGAAAGAUGUCUAAGCGGUCUGUGUGGACAGCACUCUGGUCAUUACUUUUGCUGUAUUUCCUCUUGUGCUUUUCCCAUCUUUUAGUUGUAAUUUGAAGGACAAGAAGAGAUUUUACUUUCCACUGAUGGUGCAGAUCUUCUUUGUCUUUUCAGGACAGUCAAGUGUAAAAAAAUUAAAACCCUGGACAAAAUGCUGGUCAUAAUAGCUUUGAUCCAGAGAAAUGUCUCCACUCAGAAAAGGUGUUUGACUGUAUUUUAUUGUUAACAGCUUCAACAAGAAAGAAAUAGGUAUCUGUUUCCAGAGAAAGAAAUCAACUUUCAACAAUUCUCAUGCUUCAUGCUUGUCUCCAGUAAGGGCAGGAGGUCUGGGCACCUUGAUAAAUUAAAAUGACAAAUAUGCAGAUCAAGCACAUUAAGAGUUGUCCUCUUACCAGACUUAGCAAAAAUAUAUACAUAAACUAAGUAGGGAAAAUCUCAUUAUGUAUUUAACUUCACAGAAAUAUAGAGGGCCUGGUGCAAAGUGAAAUGAGUAAAUGUAAGGACAGGACAGCAAAACUGGAGUAAGAAUUUUUCAGGAAAAUAAAGUUUGAAAAAGUAAUAAAUGUUUCAUUGCCUUAAAUUCUAAAAAGAGUUAAAUCGAUAAUGGGAAAGUUACCAAAAAAAUUCUGUAACUCAGUAUUGAUUUUUAUGUUGUCCUUUGAAAGGCACUAGCAGGUCAUUGCUGAAUUAUAUAGAAGAACCUUGAGAAGUUAUGGAUUUUACCACCCUGAAAAGCUACGUAUUUGUUAUUUAAGGUCACACUGACUGUUUAUUUUUGGAAAAUGAUUAGUUCCACAUAGUAUGCAAGGGAGAAGAGUUCCAGCUGCCAGACAACAAAUGUGAAGUUUCUGUCACUGUCAGUAAGGGGUCACGCAUAUGCCUUUCUGUUUUAAAAUACAGGUGGGUUUUUUUUCCUACCCUAACCCAAUCAUUUAUUAAGUUCUAUUAUUUCAGCUUUUCAAUGAAUCAUUAACCAACAUCACACCAUUAGCUGAUUUAUGACCCUCGUUAUUAUAGUUUUAUGUUAAACCUAUGACAUCCACAUGUGGGACUCCUGUAUAAAUAAAUUCUGGACUAAGCAGAGACGCUGUAAAAGAAAACGUGCAGAUCAAACACCAGCCUGAUGGCUGAAGAUUUCCCCCUACCCUGAGGGAACUUUACAACCUCUGCAUUCAUGUAGGUGUGGUUUCAGAGCUUGGACCGUUCACUCAUACAUGUGUUGACUUCCCCCACAAAUCCACCAGUGAAAGACAAUGUCCAGCCCUGUUGCCCCAGUAGCUGUGUGGUUAACCCUUGUGAGACUGAUGGUUCUGCACUAGGCAUCAAAUCCUGCAGGUUUCCUUCUCCAAAGAAGGAUGUUCUUGGAUGCAGGUAUCAUGUUCUCCGGCUAAAACAUACUAAAAGGUCUUCAAGUGACGGUGUGGAAAGUAUUUUCCUUUGCAGCUAUGUAAUGCCUACAAUUUAGGUGCCCUCGAGUCUCACAGCUCUGACCCUGUUGCCCUGGGCCACGUUUGUAUUCAGUACAGAAAGUCACCACUGGAGCACAGUCAGGAUCUUUGGUGGGCUGAGUUGUCUUCUGGAUGCCCCACACUCCCCUGCUUGGGUUUUUUGGUUUUUGUUUUUGUUUUAUUUGGUAGCUUUUUUAAUGCAUUUACUUAUGCUUCUUUGUUGCUUCAAGGCACAUAAAUAUUUAACAUCAUUAAUAUAGGAAUUCUGGACAGCACAGGCAAUGAAUAUCCAACCUUUAGCUAGGAAGUAAGUGUGAGAGGUGGUCAAGGCAGUCUCUGGAAUGACAAGAGCCUAAGUAGUAACUUUAUGCCAAGUGUUGUCGGCAGUUCAGAUAUAUUUUAAUUUCUGGUGAUGUUAAGAGUUGGGACAUACAGUCUUUACUUAAUCCAUCAGCUUGGCUAACUAAACACUUUACUACUGUGCAAUGGCUAUUUGAUAUCUUCUCUAUAUUAAAUUGCCAGCCAGCAUUCUGUUUAAUUACACUUUAAAUUUAAAUGCAUGUGUUUUUUUUUUUUUUCAGAAAAAAAAAUCUAUUCCUUUUUCUCUUUAAACAGCUCAUGUUCACUUCAGUGCCAGUUUUAUAAUUUCCUUCUCUGUUUUAUGACUAUGCUUUAUCUUUUUAUGUUCUUUUUUUCCCCUGUAUUUUCUAUUGCUUCUUGGAGAAGAAGGUAUCUUCUUUAAAUAUUAAAUAUGCAGUAGGACAUAAAGAAAAAGGAAAUCCCCAAAUUAAUCUUCCUACCUAGUUCUGCUUUACAGCUUCAUUUCCUUUCAGUUUUCCUUUAAUACCUUACCAACGCUGUGAUAAAUUGGUCCAGAUAACACUUUUUAUUUUCCUCAAUAUAGAUUAAAUACCUGUGUUGGGGGAAAAAAAUUAUUGUUAAGGGAACUUUAAAUUUGAGCCUCGAGAUUUCGCGCUGUGUUUACUAGGAAUGCUGACUGCAUGAAUGAGAUUAAGAGGAAUGUGCUGGCAAAGGCCACACAGCGCUGCAGUGCAUCGAACCCCCAGCACUGCUUGGGUGCACCUGAGAAGGUACCAGCAAAUCACUGCGGCUGUAUCCUGUAGCUAAAGCAAGACUGAAUUGGCUAAAAUAAUUCUGUGUUAUUUUGGGGACUUGUGAAGGCCAGACCAAAAAAAUAAACCUUCCACCGGUUAUUUACUCUUUUUUUUGUUCUUCUUUUUACCAGGUAAAAGAUGAUCUGAAUGUUAAAAACAGUAUGGUAUCUUUAAUCUAUUCAGUUGUUUUUAUUUCAGGUUUUGUGUCCCACUUAAUAGAAAUGGAAUAUGGUGUAGAGGCUUUAUUUGAGGAAAAAUAAAUUAAUUUGAUUUGAACUUUCCAUGCAGAUAGAGAAUUAUGAAAAGGACUAUAAACUCCAGUAAAAGAAACAGAGUUACAGCGAACCUGAAAUCAAACCACAGUAUCUUUUAUGUCCUUCCAGUGUCUAAUUGCUGUAUUUGCCAUAAAACCUGCUGAGAAAUUUUUUCUGCUUUAUCUUUGGGGAAAAAAAAUGCACUGUUUCUGCUCUUUUAAUCAGAGAAUUGUUUGCUAUACCUUGUAUGAUUGACAGUUUUUGCCAGACAAAGUGGGGAAAAUUUGAUUUGCACAGUUUGAGUUCUUAUCAGUUUUGAAGGAAGUGAUUAUUUCUGUUGGUCUUUCCUAGACAUGAUGGGUCUUCAGGUAGGUAUCUUUAAACAGUAAUUAUUUCUGAUGGGAAGAAAGGGAAAAUAAAUGGACUGCUGUGUAUUUGCUAUUUACUUUGAUGAUACUCAGCCUUGUUCUAAAUGCCUUGCUUUAUGUUUACUAGAUAAAGUAACCUCCGUGUUUUGGCACUGAAUUUUGCCAUUCUUUCUCAGUUGUGCCUUUUGUCUACAUUACCUUUCUCAACAUAUACAGUCUGAACUGUCAAAACAAAUCAUAAACAGAGCGAAAGGAAUGCACUGAAAUCUGUGGAAAAUGUGGACCAAAAAAAUGUUUUUUCUUACCAAAAGUAGAACUGAGCACAUGAACACCGAAAAGACCUUUUUCGUUAAUACUCUUCACUGGGUUUCCAUUAUUGCAGAGGUGUUUUAGUGCUGGAAAUAAGAAAUUGCACUAGUGUUAGAGCUGAUUCAUUUAAUAUUUUCCUGCAAAAUACAAUUAGGUUCAAUAAUAAGUUCUGGGCCCCUCAGUUCCAGAAGGACAGGGAACUGCUGGAGAGGGUCCAGCGCAGGGCAACAAAGAUGAUUAAGGGAGUGGAGCAUCUCCCUUAUGAGGAAAGGCUGAGGGAGCUGGGACUCUUUAGUUUGGAGGAGACUGAGGGGUGACCUCAUUCAUGUUUAUAAAUAUAUAAAGGGUGAGUGCCAUGAGGAUGGAGCCAGGCUCUUCUUGGUGGCAAACAAUGAUAGGAUAAGGGGUAAUGGGAUCAAGCUGGAACACAAGAGGUUCCACUUAAAUUUGAGAAAAAACUUCUUCUCAGUGAGAGUGACAGAGCACUGGAACAGGCUGCCCAGGGGGGCUGUGGAGUCUCCUUCUCUGGAGACAUUCAAAACCCACCUGGACAUGUUCCUGUGCGACCUCACUUAGGCGUUCCUGCUCCAGCAGGGGGAUUGGACUAGAUGAUCUUUUGAGGUCCAUUCCAAUCCCAAACAUACUGUGAUACUGUGAUACUGUGAAUAAGUACAACUCUAUAUUCCAGUCUAAUACCUUUUUACUCUGCAUUGUAAAGUCUUUAAGUACUAUAAUUCAGGUGUUUCAAGAAUGCACAUUGAACAUUAAGUGCUGGACACCACAGUUAUUGCGUUCUCAUAAAUGUUACUGUAAAGUAUGUUAAGCAUGUUCAUACAUCAAAAUCAGUACUAGGUAGUUCUCAGCAAAGUUUUACUUGCAUUUCGUGGAUCUACAUUGUUUUACGCAAAGUUACAUGGGUAUGAAUUCAUAUAUCAUGGAAUCAUAAAUAGUUUGGGUUGGAAGGGACCUUCAAAGGUCAUCUAGUCCAACCCCCAAAGUCUUCAGAUUAUUUAAAAAUACAGUGAGAAAAGAGCAGUGGAAAAAAAGGGAUGCUGAAACCAACUUGGCUGCCCUGUUAAGGGCUGCUGCUCCGCAUUGGUUUUUCUGGUGGAUCACCCUGCACCAGCCAGCCCAGCUCUGUGAGGAGCUGAGUUUCCCAGCUGCCACCACACUCACCGGAAAAAUGAAAGACACCAGCACCUUACGGCAUCAAACCCACAGAUGAAAAGGAAUAGCAGUAUUUCCCCUGAAGCCUGUGACUGAAUGGUUGCAUUCUGUGAACUAUAAAAGUGCCAGGAACCCAGGUGCCCGGUUCCCCCCACACUGAUUCAGGGGCAGCCUCUCCAGCAUACCAGAGAACUCCGGCUCAAUUCCAGACUGUGGUGCCUCUCUGUAUCAGCAUCCAAAUUCAGCUGCCCAUUCCCUGGCCAGCUGCUGGGGCAUGACUACAGGUGCUGUGGGUGAACCUGCUCUUGCAGAGACCGAACCCUUCCCAACAGACGCUUUGGGACCUCUCUGGAGCAAGGCUGGAUGGAGGCUGAGGACACAUUAGGCUGGGUCCUGGCACUAGGAAUGGUCCAAGUACAAGGAGGGGCUCUGGAGUGAUCUACUCUGAUGGCACCUCAUGCACAGGUCUUAGUUUUGGGUCUGGGGUUGUUUUUUUAUUUUUGUUUUAAUAUUGAUCUUAUUGCAUAUAUUGUUUUCUCUUUAAAUGGGUGUAAAGCGCAGGCCAUGACAUUUGAGGCCCAUUUUUGUUAUGAAGUCACGAUCUAGACCUCACAGUAUCACGAGCAGAUGAAAUGAGACUGCUGUUUAUUUUCCCAGAUGCUCUAAUUUGGGGCAGUAACACACAGGGCAUGCAUGUGAUAAACUGCACUUUGGUUGGUGUUUCAGAGGAAGGGAGCUCUUUUUUCCUUUGUAGUUGGGUUUUGAAACAUUGUCCUUGUACCUUGCCCUGAGAAUUGUUACUGAAAUCGAUUUUGUGCAAGAGACUAUUUUUCAGUAUGAAAAAUGCCAUUGCAGGCUUGAUACUUAAGUUAUAAUUUCUUUGUGAGCAUAAACUCAUGCAGCAAACUGUAAUAAAAUAAUAGUUUAAUUGAGCCUGCUUUGCACAGGCUCAGUCCAAGCAAUCUCACAGCUGGUUUUGGCUGAGUUGAUGUAUAGCCAGUGAGGGGGAUAACUUGAUUUGAAAGGACUGAAAGCAAACACCUUUUAUAUUGCUCUUCUGCAUUUCUUAAGACUUCCUGUCUAUCUAUUUAAAUUUCAUUAAAACUGAUAAGGACUAGCUAAUGCAUAUUGUAUCUGUCCACAGGGAUGGUUUUAUUUUCUUUUAGCUUGGAACAACAUUAAAAACACGUUUUGUUUGUUUCUAAUUUUGGUGUAGCAAAGGAUAUUUUCCUUUAUUUCCAAGAUUGUUUACAUAUAUUGAGCCCUUUCAUUAAUAAGUUAACACACGUAAAUCAUAAAGUAGUUAAAUCAUAAUAUACUGGCUUUCAGUAAAGUAGGUUUUCCUAAACAGUA